GAACCUGCUGCCCCAGGGAUUCCCAGCGUGGAGGAGCUGCUGCUGGCGAGGCCAUGAGGACAGCAUCCCCCUGAGCGCCGGGCGAUGAGCCCGCAGGGGCAUCCCGGCAAGAUGCCGAGGCUAUGGGGUGGGUGCUGAAAUGAUGAAGGGCUACCAUGGGGAGCGUAGCCAGACACAGCCCUCCUCCGGCCACCGCUGCCGCUGCAUCCCUGAGAACUGCGAGCAUCCCGCCGACUACAUCCCGCACGGCCCCGAGGGCCGGCCGCCAUACCUGCUCAGCCCCAGCGAGCCGUGUUCCCUGGAGCAUCCCUACUGCCCGGCGCGGAGCCCCGGCGCGGGCAGCGAGUGCCCGGGCGGGCCCCUGAGCGAGCCGCCCUCCGCCAGCGCCAGCAGCACCUUCCCGAGGAUGCAUCACGCGCAGCAGCCCUACGACUCCUGCGACGAAUGCAUGGCGACCGCCCACCCUGCCAGCAAGAUCAACCGCCUGCCCCCCACGCUGCUGGACCAGUUCGAGAAGCAGCUGCCGCUGCACCACGACGGCUUCCACACGCUGCAGUACCCCCGGGCCGGCGGCGCCGAGCCCCGCAGCGAGAGCCCCAGCCGCAUCCGCCACCUCGUCCACUCCGUCCAGAAGCUCUUCGCCAAGUCCCACUCCCUGGAGGCGCCGGCCAAGCGGGACUACAACGGCGCCAAGAUGGACGGCCGCGGGGACGGCUACCACCACCACCACCACCACCACCAUCACCACCACCACCACCAGUCCCGCCACGGCAAGCGCAGCAAGAGCAAGGACCGUAAGGUGGACUCCCGGCACCGGUCCAAGAUGUUGGGCUGGUGGAGCUCCGAUGACAACCUGGACAGCGACAGCAGCUACAUGGUGUCCGGCCGGCACGCAGCCGACCAGGGCACCCAGUACUGCGUGGACGCUCCCGAAAGUGCCUUCAGAGACUUGACCUUGAAGAGUCUAAAGGGCGGCGGGGAAGGAAAAUGCCUGGCCUGUGCCGGCAUGUCCAUGUCUCUGGACGGCCAGACGCUCAAGAGGAGCGCCUGGCACACCAUGACCGUCAGCCAGGCCCGUGAAGCCUAUCCCAGUGCCGGCGGCACCGAGAAGACCUUGAUGCUUCAGGAAGCAAAGGCCAAAGACAGAGCGUACCAGUACCUGCAGGUGCCGCAGGACGAGUGGAGCGGGUACCCGGCGGGCAAGGACGGGGAGAUCCCGUGCCGGCGGAUGCGCAGUGGCAGCUACAUCAAGGCCAUGGGUGACGAGGACAGCGCCGACUCGGACAUCAGCGCCAAAGUGUUGCCCAGGGCGGCCACGCGGCGAGACAGCUACCGCCGCUCCUCCAGCGCCGACCAGGCCAGGACCAACUGCUGCACGCCACCGCGAAUGCUCCCGCUGGGACAGAGCUACGGGCGCUCCUUCACCACCGGCCAGAUCAACGACGAGCUCAACCACCAGUUUGAGGCCGUCUGCGAGUCGGUUUUCGGCGAGGUGGAGUCGCAGGCCGUGGAGGCGCUGGACCUGCCCGGCUGCUUCCGCAUGCGGAGCCACAGCUACCUGCGGGCCAUCCAGGCGGGCUGCUCCCAGGACGACGACUGUCUCUCGCUCUUCUCCAUGUCGGCCCCUCCUGGGCCUCCCAUCACCAGCAGCAUCCUGAAGCCCAGCACUUCCUUCAGUUACAGAAAAGCUCCACCUCCCAUCCCUCCAGGAACCAAAGCCAAACCUCUCAUCUCCGUCACGGCGCAGAGCAGCACCGAGUCCACCCACGAGAGCUACCUGCCCAGUGAGGUCGCCCGCAGCCCCGCCUGGUCCAAAGAUGCCGCGGCCCGCUGCAACUCGGCCGAGAGCCUGGAGAGCUCCAAGGUGACGGCCGUAGCCCUCGACCUGCCCCCAGUCCAGCCCCGUGCUGCUCCCAAGCCCUCCACGCUCAUCAUCAAGGCCAUCCCAGGCCGGGAGGAGCUGCGGAGCUUGGCUCGGCAGCGGAAGUGGCGUCCCUCCAUCGGCGUGCAGGUUGAGGCCGUCUCUGACUCGGAUACGGAGAGCCGGAGCCAGAGGGAGUUCCACUCCAUCGGGGUGCAGGUGGAGGAGGACAAAAGGCGAGCGCGCUUCAAGCGCUCCAACAGCGUGACAGCGGGCGUGCAGGCAGACCUGGAGCUCGAGGGCUUCACCGGCCUGGCCGUGGCCACCGAGGACAAAGCCCUGCAGUUCGGGCGGCCCUUCCAGCGGCACUCCUCGGAGCCCGAGUCGGGCCGGCAGUACGCCGUGUACAAGACGGUGCACACGCAGGGGCAGUGGGCGUACCGCGAGGAUUACCAGCUGCAGUACGACACGGUGGAGGUGCCCCGGCGGGACGCCUGGAUAGAGCGGGGCUCCCGCAGCCUCCCCGACUCCGGCCGCGCCUCCCCGUGCCACCGCGACGGGGAGUGGUUCAUCAAACUGCUGCAGGCAGAGGUGGAGAAGAUGGAGGGCUGGUGCCAGCAGAUGGAGAGGGAGGCGGAGGACUAUGACCUGCCCGAGGAGAUCCUGGAGAAGAUCCGGAGUGCGGUGGGCAGUGCCCAGCUCCUCAUGUCCCAGAAGGUGCAGCAGUUCUACCGCCUCUGCCAGCAGAACAUGGAUCCCAACGCAUUCCCUGUGCCCACCUUCCAAGACCUGGCUGGCUUCUGGGACCUCCUGCAGCUCUCCAUUGAGGACGUCAGCAUGAAGUUUGGGGAGCUCCAGCAGCUCAAGGCCAAUGGGUGGAAGAUCAUGGAGCCCAAGGAGGAGAAGAAGGUGCCUCCCCCGAUACCAAAGAAGCCGCCGCGCUCCAAGGUGCACCCGGUGAAGGAGCGCUCCCUGGACUCGGUGGACCGGCAGCGGCAGGAGGCCCGCAAGCGGCUCCUGGCAGCCAAGCGAGCCGCCUCCUUCCGCCAGAGCUCGGCCACCGAGAGCGCGGACAGCAUCGAGAUCUACAUCCCCGAGGCGCAGACCCGGCUGUGACCGCAGCCUCCGCUUUUCUACCCGGACUGGACGGCGCGGCCGUAGCUCACUGUGAUGGGGGGCCGCGGGGACACCCUGGGGCAGCUCUUGGCCCCACUCACAGCUUCUCUCUUUUCUAUCUUAGCCCUUUCGUGGAUCCGACGGCGGGUGAACGCAAAGCCCGGUUCUGUCCCAUCCCCUUGCCCCGCUGCCCGCAUGCCCCUGCCAGCCUCUCCUGGGGUCCGGGGCUCUCCCUCCCUCUGCCCUCCCUGGGGCUGUGUCCCAGCUUUCUGUCCCCUUCCCGCUCCCCAGCCCUUCUGCACACCCGCCCCUGCAUCCCAACCCAAAGAGAGGUGACCUUCAGCACCUGGCCCCGCCGGGCUGGAGGGGAGGGGGCUGCAGGCAGGCCCCCCCGCCUCUCUGUACUCAGUGCAAUCCCCUGGUGUGUGGCGGGGACGGGCCCCCAGCCCCUGCCCAGCCGCAGCCCCCCAGCCCUGCCCUGCCGGCACGAGGCUUUGGGACGUGCUGGGGACAAAGGGGUCCCCUCACUGCUCCCCCCGACUGCGGCUCAGGUGCCAUGGGGACCCAGGGCUCCCUCCCCUAUAUACAUAUAUAAAUAUAACCCAAGGAAUAAACCAGAAACUACACGUGACCAGCGCUGUGUCCUGCCUGGUGGGACGGGCCAGAACAGUAGAGGCCCACGGUCACGGCGAGCCGCCCCGCUUCCCUCGCACGGAGCAUCGCCACGCGC